AUGGCCGCCCCGCCCGGCCCUGAGCUCCGCUUCCGCCGCGUCACCUCCGCCGCGCCCGCCGCGCCGCCGCGCCCCGGUUGCCAUGGAGGCCCCGCCGGCAGCAGCGGCCCUGAGCGGAGCCGACAAGGAGAAGGUGCGGGGCCGGCCGGGGCAGCGGGACCGGGACCGGGACCGUCCCGGGCCCAUCCCGACAGGUAUCUCUUGCAGCUGCGGGAGAAGCUGGAGCUGCUGAGGCGGGAAUACAGCGAGACCGUCAUCCGGCUGCGGCGGGCACGGCGAGCCGAGCGAGCCAGGAGCCACGGCCGGCGGGAGCGGAGCCCCACAGGUGGGAGCCGGGGAGAACGGGGCGCUCCAGGUUCUAGAGAUAACACAUCUCCUAGUCCUGACAGAGAUGGGCCCUCUCAGUUACAGACUAAAACCUGCUCUGAUGCUGGCACGGAGAAGACAACAUCUGCCACAGUUAAGCACGUUCCUGAAUUCUCCAGUGAUGAGGUUAGCCCUCAGGACAGCUCCCGGGCAGAAAGCUUUCAGGCCAGACAGGAAAACCUGUGCUGUGGGACCAUCAGUCCUGUCCCUGUGGAGAAAAAGCCCCAAACCUCCCGAGGCAUGAUGAAGCUGCGGAGACGGACAAAGGCUCUGGAAUCAAAGGAAAGGGAAUCAGUGCAUGAUGUGCAUCUAAUCAGUACUGGUGAAAUGAUGAAAAAUCAAAUUGCCAGUGCAGAGGAGCUUCAGUCACCAGUGUUCAGGCACAGCAGCCUCUCGCACACUGAGGAACCUGCUCAAAGGGCACCUGGGGCAGUGCUUGUGCAGGGAGAAAGAAAUAGUUUCACUCCUGAUGCAGCAUCAGGGCUUGUACAGGAUGUGUUUGGUGGCAGUGUCACUGCAGGAGAGCCUGAGCUGUCCCCACAUACGCUGAGGGACAGCAGGGACACCUGGCAGCCUGAGUCCUCAAGGGCUGUGGCCACACCUGAUGGACAUGAGCCGUGUUCACAGCAUGGAGAUUCUGUUUUACUUGACCCCAGAGGUGAUGGCAAAGAAGAAUCCCCCAGUAGAAUAAAACAGCCAGAGGGUCAGAGUUUGUGUGAAGAUCAGGGAGAAUUAUGUGGGCUCCUGGAUUUAAUGUCAGAAAAUGAAAUAUUGCCUGACAGCAGAAAUACCAGCAUAACCAAGGAGAGCAAUAACCAUGAAGGACAUCAAAGUGACACUAAUACCGUGAAUCCCUGUCCUGCAGAUAAAGCUCUGGACACUGCUGAAGAACUGCUGGAGAAUCAACAGCUUGAAAUGGAAUCAAGGCUCUCUCCUGCUGCCAAGGUGGUGGCUCCUGAGGGCACGCUGAGCUCCUGCACAGUGGUGGAAGGGCUGCUCUUCCCCGUGGAGUACUACGUCCGGACAACGCGCCGCAUGUCCAACUGCCAGAGGAAGGUGGACCUGGACGCUGUCAUCCUCAGCCAGCUGGGCAGGAGCAAGAAAGGCCAGCGGAGUAAAUGCAAGCAGAAAGAUGCAAACCCCAACCAGCCCUUGCAAGAGAGACCUGAGGGUGAUUUAGAGCCAGGGGUUGAGCCCUUCCCUUUUCUUGGGGCAGAAGACGAUCAAGCAAACUCAAGUAGUUCUCAGAAAUCUCUUCCUGCAUCCAGCAACAGCAGCACUUCUCUGGAAUCCAUUUCUCAGAAAAGCAUCACUAGCACAAGGCAAGAGCAGAGACAAUCCCAGAGGAAACAGAAGGGAAGAAGAAAGGCUACCUGCAAAGCCCCCAUGCAUCCAGUGUCACAAGAGCUUAUAGAGAGUCAGGAUCCCACAAUGGCCAAUGAAAGCAGUGCUCUGCUGUCAAAUGAGAACCAGAGUGAAAAGGAAAACUGUGAUGCUAACCUUGAAAGGUCUUCCUCAGAUGAGAGGAGAUUGUCUGGUGCUGCAGCACUGGGGCCCACAGGGCCAGGAGUGACUGGAGCGACCCAGCCAGCGGGUCCUGACCCUCCUCCAGGUGGGAGCCAAGUGCCAGGCAAAUGCCAUAAGGCUCUGCUAGAGCAGGUUCAAAACCCACUCCACAGCAGUGAUUCCCUGAGCCCAGGGAGCGAUGCUUCUGCCAGUGCUGCUGGGUGUCAGGGCCAUAAACAUCCAGUGCAGCGAGGGAAGAGGCAGCGAGGAGCCGAGCAGCUGCCCGGGGGCAGUGUCCCUCUGCACCGCUCCCUGCGCUGCUCUGCCAGGCACAGGCCCCCGACGGGCUCACCAGAUGACAGCAGCAGAGGAUGCAGCAGUGCCAUGGGUCCACAGGGUCCUGCUGCCCUUGGGCUCCCUGCUGCGGACCCCGACACUCGUGGCUCCCUCUUCUCCUUCCGCAGCCUCCAGUGGCUGGUCCCUAAGCUGGGCAUCAGGGACUUCCACUUACCAAAUGAGGAAUUUGGAGUGCUGAAACUGGAGAAAUUGAAGUCAUCCCCUGUGAAUGACUUGGAGGAUUUUGUGUCUGAGGAUGGUGUGGCUCCAGAGGACACACCAGAUGCACAAAUGAAGCCAAAAGAAAAAAGUCUCAGAAGUAAUUUAAUUUUGCCUUCCAAAACUGGAUUGCCUGAACUCCCUUGCAUGGAAGGCCUGACUUCCAAGAAGGAGCUUUCCACCCAUGAAUUGCUGUUUACUCCCAUGGGGACUGUCCUAGAGGCUCCCGCUCACCCUGAGCCUGAGAUUUCCUCGUCUGUUUUCCCUGCUGUGGGUGCAACCCCGGGUGUUUUACCUUCAGUGCACACUGAGGUGUUCCCUGACACACCUUCUGUACCUGCCUUGCCAGUGACCCCACCUUCCCCCAGAGGAGCAGCUGCCCUGGUCCUGGGGGAUGUGGCACACAGAGACCCUGCUGUGCCACUGCACCCUGACACCUGUGCUGCAGGGGCUGCCAGAAACCAGAAGGAGCAAGGUACAGCAUUGCCUUCAGCAGCUGAAAGAGGUCCUGAGAACAAAUCUGAUGAGACUGUGUCCUUGGAGAAGCAUCAGCAGCCAGAGAACAAAGAGCAGGAAUCCUGCAGAGCCUCACCUGAACAGAUAAAAGAUGCAGCAGAGCCGUUGACUGCAGCGCUGCCGGAUGGCCCCCGAGAAAAGAGCUUGCAGUUCGUCUCAGAGCUAAAGGAGCCCUGGUGCUCGGGCGCGGUGGACGUGGCCGCGGUGUGCUGGGCAGCAGCUGGCUGCAGGGAGCUGCACGUGGUCACCGCCUGCGAGAGCGCCGUGUCCCUCUGGCAGCCACGGGCCCCCGCCGGCUGGGCCAGGGUGCACACCUGGCACUUCAGAGAGAUUCCUGUAAUCCAGAUUGUUCCUCUGCCAGACACCUGUAACCUCGUGUGUGUAGCACUGGGAGAGCUGGAGAUUGGAGAAAUAAGGCUCUUGCUUUAUUCUUCUGAGACUGACUCAUUCAAGCACUCCCUAGUGAAAACUGGGAAUAUAAAAGCAGUUGCUGGGCUGAAGGACUGGAGGCUGGUGAGCAGCAGCAGGACCAUGCAGGAGCAGCAAGUGGAGAUGUUUGUUCUCUCAGAGACAGGGGGGAGCAAGGACAGGCAGACUCUGAUGCCCCCUGAAGAAACGGUUACAGCCUUUGCUGAAGUAGAAGGGAUGAGAGAGGCCUUGGUGGGCACCACUGCAGGGAACAGUGUUGUGGUUUGGAAUCUGAGAACUGGUCAGCUCCUGAGGAAGAUGCACGUUGGUUAUUCCUACCCAGCUUCCAUCUGCCAUCGAGCGUAUUCUGACUCCGGCCUUCUGUUUGUUGUUUUGAGCCACCCUCAUGCCAAAGAGAGCGAGUCCUGUGGAAGCCCAGCGUUCCGCGUGGUGGCCUUCAACCCGCACACGGGCCGGGGCGCGCCGGUGACGUCCUCCUGCCUCCCCCCUGGCCCGGCAGGCAGGUACCUGGAGGGUGACGUGUGGGACACCGCGGGAGCCGCCGUGCUGACGUCGGGCGCAGUGGCCGUGUGGGACCUGCUGCGGGGCCGCUGCACGGCCGUGCUGCCCCCGGGCCCCGCGGGGCACUGGGCCCUGGCGCGCUGGGCCCCCGGCGGGGCCGGGCUGCUGGCCGGGCGCCGCGAUGGCACCGUGCAGCUGUACCGGUACCGGCCCCCGCAGCCGGGAGCCGCCUGACGGGCGGGCAGGGCCGCCUGCCGUGCCAUUAAACCUGCUGCCUUGGGAACCAGCCCGUGUCUGUUGUCACUGCUCUACUGUGGGGGGCUGCAGACAAGGACCUGGGGGCUCUCAUGGACACCGAGCUGUCCUGAGCAGCAGUGUGUCCUGGGGGCCAAGGAGGACAAUGGUGUCCCCGGGAAAAGCAUUUGCAGCAGGUCAGGGAGGGGAUCCUUCCCCUCUGCUCCGCCCUGCGAGGCACUGCUGGAGAGCUGUGUCCAGCUCUGGGCUCCUCGGGACAGCAGGGGCACGGAGCUCCUAGAGCGGUCCAGCAGAGGCUGUGGAAAUGAUGAAGGGACUGGAUCAUCCCCUGACGAGGAAAGGCUGAGGGAACUGGAGCUGGUCAGCCUCUAGAGCAGACACAGCUGAGAGGGACCUUAUCAGUGUGUGUAAUUAUCUAAAGGGGUUGCCAAGAAGAGGGACCAGGCACUUCUCAGUGGUGCUGAGCAAUAGGAGAAGAGGCUACAGGCAUGGCAAGUUCCACCUGGACACGAGGUAGAACUUUCCUGUGCAGUUACAGAGGAACAGAGUUCAGAGAGGGUCUGGAGUCUCCCGCAGUGGAGAUGUUCCCGGGCCGGGAGCGGCGAUACCGGCCCGAUCCAG